GCCCACUGCACGCGGUGUAGUAUGAAACAUUGCAGUGGCGUUUGUUGGUCGUGUGUGUGUAGACCUGAAAGUCAUCCGAGACAAAACAAGACGGCAUAUCUCCGGAACGAGUACUUUCAUAAGGGGGACAUUAUAUACAACGUGAGGUUACCAUCUUCAUCUUAGUUGAUCGUCAUAAGGUGAAAUUGUCGGGAACAAGCUGUGUUCAAACAAAGAGGGCGUGUGAUCUUACAAGACCAGCUGAUUUUAUGUGACCUUUCAAGACAUCAAUAUGACACUCUUGCAGCAUAAAGACUGUCGCGAUUAUGACACAAACCUGGCGGCAGAAUGCCUUGUCGCGAUGUCAAAUUCAUGUUUUAACCCACGAUCAGACGACACAGCGGCUGUGUCAGUUGAAUGUGAGGAGAGAGUUGCCACAACAACGGACGCUUCGAGAAGUCAGCCUGAGUCUUUGUUCAUGUUGGCGAGAAUUCUAGCUGAUCUGAGUAAAUUCAAGCAAGACCCAAUUGACAAUGAUUACGAUAGUGACGAACUUUGUAGAAUUAACUCCAGUAAUCAUCACAACACAUUUGACAUUUGUCAAAAUGUUUCCGCGCAGCGUAAACGAGUGCGACGGCGAAGAGCUAACUCGACCACGCCUACUUUGAGUGGAAGUGACUGGGAGGGGAAGAAAGGAGACCAACUUGGGAAAGACAUGUCAGCAGCGGUUAAGAAGCUUCACAAAUGUCACUAUCUGGGAUGUGAGAAAGUGUAUGGCAAAAGUUCCCAUCUCAAGGCCCAUCUUAGAACUCAUACAGGCGAGCGGCCAUUCCCAUGUACUUGGUAUGGAUGUGAGAAACGCUUUGCCCGAUCAGAUGAACUUGCACGACACAUACGCACACACACAGGUGAAAAGAAGUUCUCAUGUCCAAUCUGUGAAAAACGCUUUAUGCGUAGUGACCAUUUGAACAAACAUGCUCGGCGCCACCCUGAGUUUGAACCUGGAAUGCUCAAGAAACGACCCCAACCUAAAAUAGAUAUCAACAGUGAUGGAAUAUCUGACCGGUCCAGUCCAGGGGCAUCGCCGUAAUUCUCUCCCCCCUCAGGACAUGGAGCCUCUAAGGCCUGGCCAGCAUGGACAACGUCACUACACUGAGAUCUUUCUGUUAUGGCCAACCCCUCUGUGUCAAGAAAGGGUUGAAAACUUGAACAGAUUCACAUGACAUGAAGAUGUAACUUCCUUGUCAGGAAGAGCAUGUCCAGUCUGUAUGUGUACUUAAUGUGUCUCUGACUGUUAUGACUUAGCUGAAGUUUUCCCUGUGUGGAGACACACCUCUAUAGUGCUAGCUCAUGUGCUGUGUUCAUCCCACAAAGUGUGCCUUCACACAUCAGUACUGUAUCUUGGUGCAGACCUUCCAUGAAACAUCCAUGGUCUCUAUCUGCAUUGCAUCACGUUACAUUGCAAGCAAAUAUUGAUCAGCUGAUAUUAGUAAAUUGGUCACCAGGCUUUGCAUUUCAGUCACUCAGCCUAAAAUAAUCAAAGAAGAUGGUGGCACUCCAAAUGACUUGAUAAACAAUGCAUUGAUUUGAUGUCUUUAAAAAAAUAUUUUUUUACGCAUAUUUAAUUUCCAAACUCCUGAAAGUUACUUUCAUUUUGGUCUUUUCACAGUGUAUCAAACACAACAGUUGAAGCCAUUUUGAAAUUGUACGUAUUUUCAAAUAAAUUAAAAACAAUAGUUUUCACUUGUUUCCGUUUAUGUUAAUUGUUAUUUUUCUGUCCCUGAAUAACUGUUAUUGAUGUCACAUUUUGAAAAUAACAUAGGAUUGAUAAAAGUUAGCUGUUAGCUUCCUCUCACUUCCAUAUUGGUAGUGACUGUGCAGUGAGAUGACUGCGAACAUUCUACACUGUUGAGAUGGUAGUUAUUGAAGUGUAAAGUGUACAUACAAACCUAUAUCCUAUAGUUGCUUUCAUAACCUACGUGUGAUGAUCCAUGUUUGUGAUGAUUGGUGGUGUUUGUUGCAUAUUAUUUGUUGUACAUAUAUCCAAGUUGGCAAACUACAAACCUGGUACAAUAUUUCAUACUUUCAACUAGUAUUUUCCAGACAUGGAAUGGCUGAUGGUUUUUGAGAACCAAAGAAAUGGUGCUUUUUGAAAUUUAUUGGAUCUGAAUUUGUUUUAAUGAAACAUGAAUUUUCCAUGAGAAAACAACAUUCAUUAGAAAUCAUUUCUCCUACAGGGAGUAUUUCAUUCAUUCAUGAGAAAAGAAUGGUUCGCAUUUCUUCUUUAUUUGUUGUUACAUGUCUUUCAAAGUAUUCCAACGAAAUCCACAUGAAGUUGCUGGGAAUGCAGCGUAUAACUUACUUGGUCAAAGGGAGAUAACUCUUUUGUUUGGAAGCACCCUGUUUGUUUCUGUUCUCCCGAACUUCAAGCAAUUAUCUUUCAUGAAAAUUAGUUUGCAUUACAUAUGAAUGAUUUUCAGCAACAUAUGUUUGAAGAUUCAAACCAUAAGGUUAGUAUGCGAUCUUCAUGAAGUGUUAAUAUGAUGAAGAAUAGCUUGAGAUAAAUAUAUUGUUUAAAAUGUUAAAGAAUUUAUUGAGAGUUUAUCACAAAGUUGAGAUUGCUUCCAUGAGUAAGUCUUUCCGUCUUAUAAUGUAUAUAUUGAAGUGUUACCUGAAAUGGUCUUUUGUUAAAUAUCACCAAAAGAUAUCUUGCACCAUGGACAAAGUCUACAGAUGAAGUCAUAGAAUUUGGUUCGUAGUUUUUCUUCAAGGACGCUUGUGAGUGACAUUUAGUACUUCAGAUGGUAAUUUGUCAGUCAGGGUCGAAAAUGAUAUGUAUGAUCCUGAAGUCAAUGAUUGAAAUAGGUUUGUUUUCCCUCUCCCUUAUCCUGUAUUUGUAAUGUCAAAACAUCACUGAUUGUCUUCAGACAUUUGGUGCAAGGAAAGUAAAAUAUAUGAGUGAGACAUGUUCGGUGUGCCAUAUCAGCUGUCUUAUCUUGAGAAUGAUAGUAUGUGGGUCUAAUUUGGUCAUUAAGGAUAACCAUAGGUUUUGCCCCUUUUCCUAAUGACAAGGCAAAUAAAAGGAGCUUCAAUUUGGCCUUGUCCACUGAUAAACACAUACGAGAUUGGAAGUACUUAUGUUGCUGUUCCAUAUAUGUUUAAUUGUGUAUUAUAUCGUUACCAACAGUAUGGUUCUGUGUGUGAUGUGUGUCUGCUACAGAUACAUGACUAUUGUUGCAUGUCAUGACAUUCCUUCUGAUCUCCAUUUUGGACUUCCACCACCGCCACCAGACUGUCACUUUCAUACUCUGCACACAUGCAUUCAUCAUGAUACACACACAGCUGAUGCCGCAGCUUUCAUCCUGUAUAUUUUAGCAAAAAGUGAAGUGAUAUUUUCGUUUUAGUUCUUCAUAGUCAUUCUCAAGUAUGUUUUAGACAUCAAUUUUGUGCACUACCAUUUUCUAUGUAUUCUGCUAUUCUGUCACUUUUCCUCCCCUUACUGCAUACUGUUUUCCUGAGUUCACAUUUCUUUCCUUGGGACACCCUCCCUCAAGCCGUAAUCAUAAAAUGUUUCAUGAAUAGUCUGUUUCUGUUAAUUCCUGGAUCUAAUGAUCCUUGACAAGUUUACAUUUAAUUGUUAAACAACUGACUGAUCUUGUGACUGGCAUUCAUUGUGUGACAAGAUGAUUUACACAUCCAAGAAUACUUUGACAGUCUUUGGUUUGUGAUUUGGACUGUAUAGAUAGUUAACCAGAUGUUGACACACGUUAACCCUUAUAGAUGACAUGGGUCACAGUGUGAGCACAGCUGGAUACUGAAAACUGUUUAUAACACAUCUUAGGAACAGGUAAAUGUUUGCUUUGUUUUAAGUGAAUAUAUCUGUAUUGCUUCUUUUAACUUCAUUAAAAUUCAUCACUGAUUUCCCAUUUAGCUGAAACAUUACGUUCUAUGUCAUUCCACAUGCUAUCACAAUCUCUAUACAACUCUUUAGUUUUAAUCCAGUCAGAUGUUUUCAACCCAUUUCAUUUUGCUUGUAUAAUCUGAAUUGUGUUGAUAUUGUAAUUUUUGUUUACAAGUAUAUUUCAGUUUGAGCUGUAUAUUGUCUACAAGUUUGCUGUUUUUAGUUAACCUGGGAAGCUAUGUACUCACUGGAAUGUUCUGGAGUGACCAACAUACUGGCUUAAGGGUCCAGGGCCCCGUUCCUCAAAGCGGUCUUAGCGCUACGAUGAUCGUAAGCCUAUGUUAAAGAAUGAGACUUACGAUCACCUUAGCGCUAAGAUCGCUUUGAGGAACAGGGCCCAGGGUGCCGUUGUACAAAGCGAUCUUAGCGCUACGAUGAUCGUAAGCCUAUGUUAAAGAAUGAGACUUACGAUCACCUUAGCGCUAAGAUCGCUUUGGGGGACAGGGUCCAGUACAGCGAAUAUGCAUUUAUCAAAACUUGAAAAAGGAAUCCCUGGGUAUCUCUUUCAUCUCCCUGUAAAAUAUAUUUUAGAAGGAGGUGGAGGGCAAAACUUACAAAAUCCACCUUUCAGAUGUUUGGAUAAUCUGUUGCGAAGUAUGUGAAGAAUGUAGUACACAGUUUGCUCAUUGCAUACAUAAUUUAUUGUAUAUGAAAACUUGCCAAAGAAGGAAUCUGUACUCAGUAGCAGGACUAACUUAUUUAUUGCAUGGUUGUAAAUGACAGGCAGUUAUUUCUACAAUUAUUUACCACAUGAAUAUAAUUUGAUAUCAUUUCAAGCAGUUUGAUAUGCAAGAUACAUAUGCUGCUGUUAAUAUUUGCUUCAGCAUUUCUGCUGAUACAGGAAAUCUUUGUAUUGGUGAGUUUUCACUUGAAUGGAUUGUGAUUACAACUCAGGAUAUUUAAUUGAAUAUUUAUUGAUACCUUUCUGUUAAUUUUGAAGAAAUUGGAUCUUUGCUAUUGAUAUAACUUGGUCCUUACAGAUAGUGUGGAAAAUAUUCUUUAAACGGUUUAAUUAUUGUGGAAAUAAUCAACCUGAUUCAGCUGGGAGGAAAGACAAAACAUUGUGCCAGGGGAGGCAUGAAUAUUCUAAAGUUUUGUCAGAACAUACAAUGUCAUUUUGAAUUUGUUUCAAAUAAACACUGUGAAUGGAAGGAAUGUAGUACCUGUCUGUUGAAGGUAAAAUAAACAUUGUAUAUCUACAGCA